AUGGAACGUUUUCCGGUGGGAUUCAGGUUUCAUCCUACAGAUAACGAUCUCGUGAGUCACUACCUCCGCAACAAGGCCAUGCUAGGAGACGGUUUCCGGUCCCCUUACGUCUCCGAUUGCCCUGAAUUCUACAGCUCGGAGCCUUGGACUGUGUGGGAAAAGUACGGUGGCAACUCAGUCGAGGACGGAGAGCCUCUCUUCUUCUUCAUCAAACGCAAAAAGUUAAACCCUAAGGGCUCGCGCUUUGAUCGGAAGGUGGGCACGGGAACCUGGAGCGGCCAGUAUUUUGCCAAGGUUAUGGAGGAGGGUAAGGUUAUUGGAAUCAAGAGGAACUUUCGAUACGAGGGUGGAAGCUCUUCAGAUCAAAACAAUGCAUGGUUGAUGGAUGAGUAUGAGUUGAACAAGAAUGAUGUAACUGUCGUAUGCGUUUUGAGAAAAAAUCCUACAAAACCACCACCGAAAACUAACGAAACUAAGAGGAAGCUGAAAGAUGGUGUUGAUGGUAUUGAACAAGAUCUAGAUCAAAGGAGAAAGCUUAUUAGUAAUCUGGAUCAAAGGAGAAAGCUUCGAGGGAAUUACAUGCCGGAAAAGGAAGGGACUUCUUAUCGGGAGGAACAAGGAGGCAGCAGUAGUAGUAUUGAUCAUCAUCAAGCUAGCAGUAGUUGGACGCCAAAGCAGGAGGAUUAUCGGCCUGAGUUGGCUCCGGAUCUCGCCGCUGCUGAUGAUUUUGUGUUUUAUACACAUGAUGAAUUGCUUGCAUCAACUUCGAAAUCUAAUGACUUUCUGGAUCGAUUUUAUGAGGACAACAACUUCGACCAGUUGGUCCAUAAGCAAGUCUUUUAA